CAUGGCGGACGAACUCGUGGUAAAGUGAAGCAUGAUUGUUGACGGUGAUGCCUCUUAAUGUCUGGGAAUGAAUCUUCUUCGAUCAGUAGAGAAUUUUGUGAAUAUGAAUCGAUUAGCCUCCUGCUUUGUUACUUAUUCCGCUGUUUGUCGCUGGUGUAAAGUUAGAUGUCCCAUCUCGCGUGCGUUCUCAAUAUCGUUCCGAAGCAGUGCCUCUACGACUUCUGUUACAAAUGCAGCAGAAAAGAAGGAAAAGAAUGAUCCGCAGUCUAUUCUCAAAAAUAAAACGGUAGGCACUGUAGAGGUGGAUCUACCCGACGCCAGAAAGCAGGUAAUUUUGAAGGAGUUAAAUAGUAGAAGUUUAGAAGAGCUCUCAAACACCAAAGGCAUAGGAAAAGUUAAAGCAGUUUCCAUUUUAGACUACCGUGACAACUUUGGACCAUUUCAAAGUGUAGAGGAUCUUUUUCAAAUAAAAGGUUUUGGUUCUGCAUUCUUUAAAAAUCUUCAAGAGGCUGGUGGAUUAGCAGCUGUUAAGAGAAAGACUUCUAAAGGACUGGAGACCAUCUGGGAGCAGUUAGCACAGAAUAAAAAAGAUGUGAUAUCUGAAAUUGUGUCAAUAGAUAUUGGAUUCCAGAAUGCUGCUUGGGUCCGAAUGGACAAAGAUAAGAAGGUAUUGGGUUGGUCCCGAGCUGAAAUUAUAAAACCCAAGCCUUACAACCCGGCUGUCUUCCAACCUUUGGUUCAACAGUUUGUUAACAGAGUACCUAAAACAGACAUCUAUGUGGUGGAGAUGCAAAGCCAUCGGAUCGGGAAACAAACCGCCGCCCUUCUCCCUUUUGCGGUGCACCUUCGCGUGUUUGAAGCCAUGUUGACCUGUUUGUUGCCUGGAUUAGUAAUACCCUUUGACCCGUUGUACACCUCGAAACAUUUUUGUCUUCCUGUGGGUAGAACCAAGAAGAGAGCAGCUGUGAAUUUGGUGGAGAGCUUGUUUCAGGACAGAAAAAAUGAAGAACCGUUCGAGUCUCAAUGUGAGCAGUUUCUUAAAGAACAACAAGGGAUGGAGGGCAGUGAGGAUUUUGUCGAAUCGUUCAUCGAUGAUCAGAUGAGUGGAUUUCCUGGAAAUAGUAACAAACCUCUGCUACAGGUAUCGCCACAAUUUGUGAACUAUUUCAAAUCGUGUGACAAGAAGGACGAUUUGAGCGACUGUCUGCUACAAGCGUUGGCUUUUUAUGACCUGGUGGUAGAAAAUAGGAAACAGUCUCGGAUGUGAUACUGCGAUAUCCUCGUCGUAAAAUUUGAUUUUUUUUUCCCUCAGCUUGUCUCGCUUCUUCUUUUACUCUCAGUAGCGACCAAUAUACAAGUGAAUUAUUUCAAAGGGUGCAGUGAGUCUUCAUAUCUGGAGAACAGGUUGAACACUAAUUGAAUACGGUGAAGUAUGCCACAGCACUCGUUGCAGCGUUGCAGGCGGAAAUAAUUAUGCUCGGACGCUUUCAAACGAGAGAGAAAGAAUUGCUUUUCGCUUGGGUAAUGCGCACUGCAUAAACAUUUGCGCAACUUGAUUAAAAUUGAAGGUUUUAAAUAUUCGAUGGAGUGGUGUAUUGAGUCUGAAUUAAACUCGAGUAUGUAACUCAAGGAAUCAAAAUGGUGAACAGUGACAAUAUUUGAGCUUCUUUCUAGAUGUAGUGUGACUUUUUAGGUGAAAAAAAACUACCAGCGGCUUGCAGUGGACUUUUUUUUUCUUACACAUGCAGUGACAUCUAAGGCCAGUGACUAACGGCUUAAUGAAAUCACCUGCACUUAGCUAAAUUACAGGGCCCAGUUGUAUAAAGGGCGCCGGGAUGAUGCUAUCCAACGGAUAAAUCACUAUCCGGCGUAUAACUAAUAGCAAAACGUUUAGCGUUGUCCACCGGAUAGAGUUUUAUGAAGUGGAUAGCAUUAUCCAACCUUCGAACAACCGGGGCCAGAUUAUUA